AUGCUCUCCUUCGCGGGCAAGCGCGUGCUCGUCACCGGCGCGAGCAAGGGCAUCGGCCAGGCCUGCGCCGCGCGCCUGCUCGAGCUCGGCGCCCACGUCGUCGCCCUGGGCCGCGACGAGCGGGGCCUCGCCGAGCUCCAGGGAUCCGUGACGCCCGUCGUCGCCGACGCGUCCGACGCCGCGGGCCUCCGGGCCGCGCUGGAACGCGAGGCCGGCGACGUCGACCUGCUCGUGAACAACGCGGGCGUCGCGCGGAACGCGCCGAUCCUCGACGCGAGCGCCGACGACUGGGACGCGACGUUCGCCGUCAACGCGCGGGCCGCGCUCAUCGCCGCGCAGCACUGCGCGAAGUCCAUGAUCGCGCGCGACGUGCGCGGCGCCAUCGUCAACGUGAGCUCGCAGGCCGCGUUCGUCGCGCUCGACGAGCACGCGGCCUACUGCGCGUCAAAGGCCGCGCUCGACGCGCUCACGCGCCAGCUCGCGCUCGAGCUGGGCCCCUUCGGCAUCCGCGCCAACUCCGUGAACCCCACCGUGACGCUCACGGAGAUGGCCGCGCGCGAAUGGGGCGACGAGGCCAAGGCCGCGCCGAUGAAGUCGCGGAUCCCUUUGGGGGAGUUCGCGGCGCCCGACGACGUCGUCGACGCGGUCUGCUACCUCCUCGGCGACGGCGCGCGCCUCGUCUCCGGCGCGGCGCUGCCCAUCGACGGCGGCUUCGUCGCGGCGCCCUUCAACAACGCGAUGGCGCCCGGCUACGACCGGAGCGCGCGGACCGGCCGGCGGACGCUCAUGACCGCGGCGCCCUUCUCCGGCGGCGAGAAGCUGCCGCCCUGCCCGACGACGCGCCUCCACUCCCACAAGGAGGGGAACAAGGAGAUGCCCGUGUUGGGCCUCGGCACCUUCACGGGCACGCGGUUCACGCAGCGCGCGGAGCCGGGGACGAUGAAGCAGACCGUGAAGACGUGGCUCGGCAGCGGCGGCACCAUGGUCGCGACGGCCGCGUCCGCCCAUGCGUCUUGGCGCCGAACCCGGUGGUAG